AUGGUGAUUGAGCAGUUGGAUGAGUUCCGCCUUGAGAUCCAGAGACGAGAUCAGGAAAUACUGGCCAUGGCGGCGAAGAUGAAGGCCUUAGAGGAGCAACAUCAGGACUACCAGCGACACAUCGCCGUCCUUAAGGAAUCGCUUUGCGCUAAAGAGGAACACUACAGCAUGUUACAAACGGACGUUGAAGAGCUCAAAGCUCGUCUAGAUGAGAAAAGCAGAAUGGUAGAGAAGAAAACAGCAGCAGCUCUCGCAGCUGCUCAUGAACUUGCUGAACUCAGAGAUCAUUCUGAGAUUAAAGAUCGGAAAAUCAACGUACUGCAGCGGAAGAUUGAAAAUCUUGAAGACCUGCUAAAAGAAAAAGAUAAUCAAGUAGACAUGGCAAGAGCAAGACUCAAUGCCAUGCAGGCACAUCAUUGCUCAUCAGAAGGUGCCUUAUCUUCUCUUGAAGAAGUUAUUGGCGAUAAAGAAAAGCAAAUUCAACAGCUAAGAGAACAGAGAGAUAGAGCUGAACAUGAGAAAAAUGAAGAACGAGAACUCCACGAGAGGGAAAUAGCAGAUUAUAAAAUGAAAUUGCACGCCCUCGAAAGUGAAGUUGAAAAACUUGGCGCCAGGUUGGAAAGGGCUCAGGCUGAAAAGGAUAGGCUUGAAGCUAAGUUAGAAAGCUCACAAUCUGAACUAGGCAAAUCUAAGGCUGAGUUAGAUAAAGCUGCAAGUGAAGUCGGUAGGUCUGGUGCAGACUGGGAAGCAGCUAAACAGCGUUUGGCUCGACUUGAACUUGAGAAUGAGCGGUUAAAACAUGAGUUAGAAAGAUCUCAAACUACAUUUGGUAGAAGUACUUUGACUACAUCGCAAGAGUUAGAUCGUGUACAAGAGAAAGCUGAUAAAAUUUCAGCUGAAUUGCGACGAACGCAAGCAGAACUGAGGGUUACACAAGCUGAUGCCGAGAGAGCCAGAUCUGAAGCUAGCGCACUUCAAGAUAAACUAGAGAAAUCGCAAGGGGAAGUCUACCGUCUUAAAGCUAAAUUAGAAAAUGCACAAACUGAACAAGACAGUCUAAAGGAGGAAUAUGAUCGCGUUCAAUCGUCCAUAAGCCGUCUUCACUCCGAACGUGACAAGGCUACUGCAGAACUAGAUAAGGCAAGAGAAGAAUUAGAAAGAACCCAGGCAACUCUUGGCAAGGCUCAACUGCAGCAAGACAAGCUGCAGGCAUCUUUGGACUCUGCGCAUUCUGAGAUUGAUAAACUACAGGAGAAGCUAGAUAAAUCAGCUGUUGAAGUUAGAAAGCUGCAAGUGGAUCGUGAAAAGUCGGCAUAUGAUUUCGAAUCCCUCCAAUCACAGCUUGACAAAGCAUUAGGCCAAGCUGCCCGACUUCAGAAAGAAAGAGACACAGCUCAACUAGAUGCUGAUCGGUUCAGGGACAAGCAUGAAAAAGCACAGGCACUCGUAGCUCGUGUCCAGAAGGAGAGAGACACUGCUCUCGCUGACGCAGCAAGUAGUCGCGAGCGUGCAGAAGCCGCAGCAGCUGCAGCUAAUAGAGCGGCUCGAGACAGAGAUAGUGCUGCCACUGAACUUGAUGUGUUACGAGAAAGAUGGGAGAAGGCUCACCAACAACAUCAGAAAUUAACGAUGGAGCGAGACGACGCCCUAACAGAACUAGAAAUAUUAAAAGAAAAACUUGAUAAAGCUCUAUAUUCCACACAAAAGACCAUCGAAGAAAAAGAGACAGCGCACAAAGAAUAUGAAAAAAUGCUUGAAAAGUAUGAUAGAUCUCAAAACGAAAUCUACCGCUUACAGAACAAGAUUGAUAUUCUUGAAGCUGAUAAAGAUCGCCUAGAAUUGGAGUUAGAGAAAAACGUUCACUUAGCGAAUAAAUCUAGGGAUGACCAAAGGAAAAUGCAGGAUGAACUUGCUAGAGUACAGGAAAUGUAUGAUAGGGCUUCUUUACAACUUGGCAGGACUAAAGAACAGGAAGAAAAAGCUAAAGAAGAUAUGGACAGACUUAGUGUUGAUAUCGAAAUGGUUCGAGAACGUUAUGAAAAGGGACAAAUUGAGUUACGCAGAUUACAAGCUGAGAGAGAAAAGUUGAUCGCUGAUAGCGAACGAUUACAAUUUGAAUAUGAUCGGGCUAUGACACAGUGUGGAAAAGCACAAGCAUCGAAUGAAAAAACUCAAGAAGAAAUGGCAAGAGUACAGAUAGAACUCGAAAAGAUGUACGACAAACAUGACAAAGCUUCAUCAGAACUGAGAAGGGUUCAAGCAGAGUUAGAUAAGGUUAAAGCCGAUGCUAGUGGAGCAAGAGAGGAAGCAGAAAGAUAUGCAGCUAGAUAUGGAAAAUACCACGACACUAAAGAAGAACAUGAAAGAACAAAAUUGGAGGUGGAACGACUACGUGCACGGCUUGAGAAGGCAAAUCUAGAAUUGGAGCGAGCGCGGAAGGCUGAAGAAGAAGUAGUCCGUCUUCGUUCGGAGCUUGAACGCGUCGAAGGCCUCCGAGGUAAAUACCAAUUCGAACAGGAUAAAUGGAGUACCGAAAUAAAUAGACUACAGGCAGAGCUCGACAAACAUCGCGAGCGCUACGAGGCAUCGCAGGCUGAAAUCCAAAGACUGCAAAGUGAAAAGGAACAAGCAGAAACUAAGCUUCAUGAAUCAAAUAUUCAACUAGAGUUAUCUAAGAGUGAGGUGGCGAAGCUAAGCGGGGCAAUGGAGAAGCAACGCACAGAUCUUGAACGGGCUCAUAUUGAGUGCGAAAAGUUUAGGGAUCGCUGUGAAAAACUGAAAUUGCGUUCAGAGCAACUAGAUAAAGAUAAUGAAAGAUUAAAGGGAGAAUUGCAACAGAUUGAAAGAAUGAAACUUCAAGCUGUUGCUGGAGACAAAGCUAGAACUGAAGAUAGACUUGAAAUUGAACGAUUACGUGAUAAGUUGGAAAAAGCCAUUCAAGCAAGAGACGCAACUGAAAUGGAAGCGGGUCGAUUGGCUAAGGAACUUGAAAAGUCGCAGAUGCAUCUAGCUAAAUAUCAAGAGACUAAUGAAACAACUCGUGUUGAGUAUGAUCGGAUGACUAACGAAUUAGGUAGAAUGCAUGAACGAUUAGAACGUACCAUUCUUGAAAUGCGUCAAAUUGAACAAGAAAGAGACGCACUUAGGGCUGAAAUUCAAAAUACAAGACGCAAUAUUGAACAGCAACAGAGAACUCUAGAUCAUAGAACACAAGAAACUUUAGUAAAGUUACAGCAAGAAUUAGCUCAAUCAGUACGAGACAGAGAAAAGAUGGCAUCUAUAUUGGAGCAAAGGGAUAAACAAGCCGAUGCUAUUGAGAAACAAAUAGUAAAACUCGAAGCAGACACGAAGCAAUUGACGAUCGAACGCGAUCAAUUAGUGGCACAAUUAGAAAAAUCUCAAGAUAUGUUAGUAAAUUUCCAGAGAGAACUGAAUUCAUCGGAAACAGAAUUGCAGAAGCAGCGUGAAGAAGUGCGAAGACUUAAGGAAGAGCAAAGAAAGAUUGCUCAAGAUUCCGAGAGAGGUGCAAAAUCUGUUAUUGAAAGUAGGGAUAGAGAAAUCGCUAAGCUCCAGCAACAAGUUCAAUCUGUGUCAAAAGAAAAAGAUUCUUACCGACAGAGAGCUGAAAAAGCGGAGAAAGAUGCACAGAGGGUUGGAGAAAUCGAAAAAUGGAAAGCUGCUGUCGAAUCAGAAAAGACCAAAGCAAUUGCAGCCGAAAAAGCGUUAUCGGAAUGUCAACAGCGUUUACAGUCUUUGGAGAAACAAUACCACAUGCAACAGCAACAAUUACAGCAGCUUCAAGCGCGAGGACCUUCCGACGUGCGUGAGGUUCAGAAGCAGCUUGAAGCGGCUCAAGCGGAGGCGCGUUCGCUUGCCGUGGAGAGGGAGCGUUGCCAGUCACAGCUCGAGAUGCUCGUUCAGGAAUUGGAGAGGAGCCAGCUCGAUCUCCGAGAAGCGAACAAGAAACUCCAGCAAGCUGGUACCCAGAGCGCCAAAGCUGGGGAAGAUACAGCUCAAGCUAGAAGACAACUGCAAGAAGAAUUUAAGAAGUUAGAAGACGCGAGAAAACAAUUUGAAGAGAAUAGAAGAAUGGUUGAAAAUAAACGAAAAGACGUGGAGGAAAAAGAGAAGUCGCUGGUGGAGUUAGACAAACAGUUAAAGAAACGAAAAGAGCAAAUGGACCAAAUGGAAGCAUCUUUGAGGAAGGCUGGCGGAAGUGCAGCAGCGGUAACAGACUUGAAUCGAAAAUUGGGAGACACACAGAAAGAGGCUGACCAAUUGAAGCAACAGCUGAAAACCAGCGAGGAGGAGUCUAAGCGGCUGACAGCAGAGACGGAGCGACUCCUACAGCUUGUACAGAUGUCGCAGGAGGAACAGGCUCAGAAGGAAAAACAGAUCAUGGAUUUGCAACAGUCUGUGAGGAACCUUCAAGCCAAACUCAAAAGUCAGCAACAAGCACAAGCACAAAGAGAAGAGGAACUUACGCGAGCCAGACAGAGCGAGAUAGCUGCUAUCGGUGACUUAACAAACACAUUGAAAGAAAGAGACAAACUAAAAACUAAGCUCGAACAAAAUAGAAUGAAAGUCAUAGAUUUAGAAAUAGAACUUAACGAGUCUUCGCUUAUACUUUCCGAGAUACUUAAAAUUUCAGACAGCCAAGAGCUAAUUAGUAUAAAGAAAAGUAAAAGUUUUUUCGAACUGCAAAAGAGUGGUAAGGUAGUGGAUAGGCUUGACAAACGCAGAUUUAGCAGAAGUGUAAACGACUUAAACGAUAUAAACAAAGAUGACGUUCAAACAAACGUAUACAAAUUGACUAGGAAAAUAGCUAACUUGACCGCUGAAAUAGAAGUUAAAAAUACAAAAAUAAUAGAACAACAAAAAUGUAUAUCAAUAUUGGAAGAUGCUUUACGAGAAAAUAAUAAUAUAGCAGAAUUUGAACAGUUACUGGCAGUAGUAAGGAGUAAAGAUGAGAGGAUAACUGAAUUAGAACACUUUGUAAAUAAAAAACCUGGUGCUAUGUGCACUGUGUACAAUGAUAAAAGGAUUUUGGAAUUGGAAGAAGCUCUUAAAGAGUCAUUUAUGAUAGCGGCUGAAAGAGAAAAGGUUUUUUAUGAAGAGGAACAGAAGAGAAUUGAGACUUUAAAAAAGAUGAAAAAGAUGGAGCAACGUAUCCUGUCCCUACAGAACGCGUCAAUAAUGAGCUGUGAAACUUGUUCAUUAGUUCUGAAGAGGCUGAAGCGAUUGGAACAGUCGUAUCAAAAAUGUCAGGCGAAGAGGAAUGCGAUACUGCGGCAUUUGUCGCAUGUCAUCCAAGAUUUACUCGAGCAAUCGAUCAGUGAGAAGGACACCCAGAUAGCAGAGCUCGAGAUAAAAGGCGUUCUAGAUGAGAAUGACAGCAAAACCUGUGACAUACUUAAAGAUGAAAGAGACAAACUGCUCAAUAGACUUAAGAUUGAGAAUGAACAAUUGGUGGAAUUCGAAAGAGACUCUAGCGAGCCAGAACAAGAGAUCGCUUUGCCGAUAUUGACGCUCGCCGACGACCUCAUAUCAGUCUGCGAAGACAAUGAAGAGGACAUACCAGCAACCGUACUG